AUGGUCAAGAGCAGUGAGAUCGUGGUCAGCACGCCGGCCCCAAAGAGUCGUGCAGCCCAAGAAGAAGCGGGAGAAAGGACCCCAGAUCUCAUCCGUACACAUUUUCAAGGGUUCGCGAGCACCGCACCAUUCUUUCGAGCGGGUCCUCGUAUUAUCCAAGGAUGGCAUGGCAGUAACACGUUCGGAGCUGAUACAUCAACAAAUUCCGGCCUCGAGGAUCCUUUCGGACCAGUGGCGACCGGCAGCGAACAUGCUCAGGCUGCCCACGAUGUCGAGGCUGGGAUUGUGCGGCUACCUGCCAAGAGGCCCAGAAAAGCUACCGUCCAGCCCUUGAUGCAGCUGAGGCGCUACUCUGCACGAACGCAGUCCAAGCCGGCAACGUCGAUGAACAGAGUCUGGCACUUGCUGCCAGCCGAAAUUCGAGAACGCAUUUGGGAGAUGGCUCUCGAGGACCCGAUGGACAUGCGACGGAUCGUUUAUAUCCGGAACCGCAACACGCCUGGUUUCCCCAACUAUCGGCAGUCUAUCUCCGUUAAUUUUACGGUACCCGCUGGUUCGAGCAUUUCGUGGGUAUGCUUGGAAUCUCGCGCAGUGUUCAAGCGCAAGUUCUUUGAAGUCUACCAAGUAGACUACCGGAUGAUGUUUGCCCGGUUCAAUCCAUCUAUGGGAAGCCUUCAGAGGACCAGCAUAGACAACGCCCUAUCACAAGAGUCUGACACAGCUGCUCCCAAGGAAGUAGCCUCGGUAUCUCUGACUGACGCUCAAUUCUGGGCCCAUCGCUACACGUCUUCAGUGACGGCCGUUCCGCUUGCUCCGAGAGUCGAUCCCAUGCCCAAAAUCAAGGCUAAAAUCAAGCACCCUCUCGAUUCUGUCAUAAGCCACCUUCCUGAAAGGGUUGGAAACUUUGAUCUGACCGACAUCGGCAUCCAGGACAUUAGCGAGCAGCAAGCUGUGAAUCCCGAAAUCGAUAUCAUCUAUAUCGAGCCUUGUUGCGAUGGAUGCCGUGGCCAGCACUGUAUUAGUCGACAGUUCUUGUCCGUGGACCGCAACGCCGUGCGCUUUCUGAUUGUCAAAGACGAACCGCUUUGGCCUCCCACUCGCGGCGGGAUUCCUCCCUGCUGGCAGACACUCACCAGCGUCUUUCCCAAUGUCGAGAUCAUGUACAUCGACAUCAACAAUCAGGGACCGCCCAAAUCCACCAUUGGCAAGACGAAGCAGCGAAGGGUCAUGGUUCGUGUGAAGGAAACUGCAUUGCCAAGAAUCAUGAUCCAUCUAAGCCGGUUCGCCGCUUGGAAGAAAGAUGCCGGCCAGAAUAUCAAGCUGGCCAAGGUUGAAUUUGUUGCCGUCUACGAGCACAAGGAACCCGGCACUAAUAGACUUGAUGGGGACCAAUACCCGUUGGCCAAGAGGGAGGGACGCCGACACAAGCUCGCGGACGAUGUCUUCAUUGUUCGUUAG